AUGGACAAGAGCAAAGACAACAAUAACGAAAAGUCCACGGACAAUGUGGUGCAGGACACUGAGGAUGAUGAGUCCGAGGCAAACUUCAUGGCUUUGUUGGUGGAGGACACGGACGACGAAGGAGGAGACACAUGCACCAUGGCUGAGAUGGUGGAGGAUUCUGAGGACGACGAAGGUAGCCGCGACCAAGAGGAUAGCGAGGACGCCGCUGCCAGAAACUCAAUGGCCGAGGUGGUGGACUCUGUGGAUAAAGAAGGCGAUGCAAACGCCAUGGCUAAAGUGUCGGAGGAUUCCCAGGAAGAAGAGACCGAUGUAAUGCUAGGCAAAGACUACUUUAUGGAAGACGGUGACAAAGAGCCCUAG